AUGUCGACGGCGGCGAGGAGACGAUUGAUGCGGGAUUUCAAGCGCAUGCAGACCGAUCCUCCAGCAGGCGUGAGCGCGAGUCCCAUCGCCGACAAUGUCAUGACAUGGAACGCAGUAAUCAUCGGCCCCUCCGACACACCCUUCGAAGACGGUACAUUCCGACUGGUCAUGCACUUCGAAGAGCAAUACCCCAACAAGCCGCCGGGAGUCAAAUUCAUCUCGCAGAUGUUUCAUCCGAAUGUCUACGGCAGUGGGGAGUUAUGUUUGGAUAUCUUGCAGAACCGAUGGAGUCCGACGUACGAUGUUGCGGCGAUUUUGACGAGUGUGCAGAGUCUCCUCAACGACCCGAAUACAUCUAGUCCCGCGAACGUCGAGGCGAGCAAUCUGUACAAGGACAACAGGAAGGAGUAUACGAAGCGUGUACGCGAAACGGUCGAGAAGAGCUGGGAUGAUUGA